AAGUUUCGGCGAGAAAAAUAGAUAGAACGUGCGCGCAGGCUCGCGCAGCGACAAGCCACCGACCAUUCCGCCCUAGCCGUCCUCCCUCCCUCCCUCCUACGAAGAUCUCUUUCCAAUUAAACAAACGCUCCCCCAAAAAUCCACCUUCCCACCAGUUAACCCAUCGCCCUCCUCCAGAUCCCAACCUCCCUAAUCCGUGGCCAGCAGAAGCGGCGGCGUUUCUAGGUAGAUACAGAUAGUAAUUUAAGGGCUAAGCUGCAAACCAAGAGAUGGACAGCAAAAAGAAGAGGAACAGGAAGAAGAAGGGAAACCAAGGGAAGAAUACUGGUGAUGCGGUGACCAAUGCCGAUGAAGCUGUUCCUCACAGCCACAAUGAUGAUUUGGCUCCAAAAGAAAAUUAUAGUGGUGCUGAUGCAGAUGAUGCAGUGUCCAGUGUUGGAGAUGCAGUGUCCAGUGUUGGAGAGGGAACACAGUACCAGAAACGCGAGCAGACUCCGCAUGCAAAGCAGAAUGUUGCAAACGCUGAUGAAACCAUAUCGUCGUCUGUUGGUGAGGUGAUUCCAUGCGACGAGAAUCACGAACCUACCAUGACACAGGAGAAUCACAAGGCCAGUAAUACAGUCUAUGCAGAUCAGAUGAGCAUUGGGAUUUCAGAUUCUACCAUGGAACUUGGCAAGGACCGACUUUUUGAAUCAAAGCUUGAUAAAUUACACGAUACAAUAAAGCAAUUGGAAGAUGAGAAAGGUUUAUGGCUUCAAAAAGUGAACGAGAUGGAGAGCGAACUUGAAAAGUUGCAUAACAAAGUGGGUUAUCAUGCACAAAAUGAGGUCAUUUUGGAGGAAAAACUUAAUAAUCUACAGAAUGGGUACGAUAUGCUGGUUAAAAAGGAGGAAGUUUUGGAUAACAAAGUCAAGUGCGUAGAGGAUGUCAAUGGUGUCCUAACUCAUCAGGAGACUUCUCUUAAAGAAAGAUUAAGUUUGCUGGAGGAAACCAAUAAAGCAUUACAGGAGCAGGUGAAGGUAUUGGAUGAAACUUCAAAAAGUACUGUUGAGGAAAAUCAGCGGUUGGUGGUAAGUGUGGAUGAAUUGGAGUCAAGAUUACAAACCCUUGAAGCAAAGAUUGCACUUACUGAAGCCUCCAUUACUAAAGAGGUUCCUGAAAAUGAGGUGAUGAAUCAAACAGAUCUGUCCGGUUCAUUUCUCCAUAAGCAGACCACUGAUUUUACGACCGUGAUCAGUAAAGGUAACGAACUUGCUGCUGAUAGAGGUCUGAACAGUUCGCUGGCAGUUACUUCGGACAAUAUCUACAGUCAUGUCAGCAACAUUCCUGUUGGUGCCUAUUCUAGUGAUCAUGCAGAUGAAACUUCGGUGUACGUUGCAGAAGCAACGAGCAGCAAUGGUGCUGGCCAGAGCCUCAUGAACGCAAAUGCAUGCCAAGGAUUUGAUGAACCAAGAACAAGUGGUGAAAUCGUGCCGGUUCCGUUGGAUGAUGUACUGAUUCAUGAAGAUGAUCCACAGACAGCUGAGGAGGUUCCAUUCACUGAUGCCCCCAUUGUUGGCGCACCCUUCCGGUUGAUCUCGUUUGUUGCUAGGUAUGUCAGUGGUGCAGACUUGGUGAACCAAAAGUAACUCUACAUCUGCCCAUCGGGCUGCUCGAGAUCUGUGUGCUGGAAAGAGGAGUCCUGUUUUUUGUUGCACUGACAUAGUUUUCAGUAAGCUUUUGGAACUUCUUCGUAACAUUAAGAUGGUGGCGAAUGUGUUGGACGGGUGCAUUGGAUUCUGCAGAGAUAUGGACGCUAUGGUGAUUUGUGGCGGUGCUUGCUGCCGAUAGAUUUUUUCCUCCCCUGUAAUUUUAUCAGGGGCGUGAGAAGUUAUUGUUCCGGAUUUAUACAAGAGGGCUUUGUCUGACCAUGUGAGAAGCUGUACUGGCCAGAUUUAUAUUAUAGUAACAUCUGAAAUGUUGGUAUGCCUUGUAUUCUCUGAGUUCUGGUAUGUGGGUGAUACGGCCACCUUGAUUGGUUAUUACUCCCUCCGUUCCGUUCUAAGUGUUAAGGGUGCGUUUGGUUGCAGUCAUCAACCGGAAUGUCAUGGGUCGGACCCGUUCCUAGCCCCGUCUGGUGUUUGGUAGGAGUAUAGAGCUGGAACGGUAACCGACUGGUUCCCACGAACCGAAUAUUUCUGUCAGAUGCGGAAGGCGCUCAUACCUCCAAAUCGAGCGGACCACAUGGAACCGGUCGUUAUCCUCGCACUCCCGCAACUCUAUCGCCUCUCCCUCUCUCGACACGAGCGGCGGCGGGUAGCAAUAGGCGGCGUUGGAGGGAGGAGAGCAACGGCGGGCACCGAGAGACGGCGCUGGAUGGAGGCGAGCGACGGCGGGCACCGAGAGACGGCGGCUAAUGGAGGCGGGCGGCGGCGUAGAUCCGUACCAGAGUGCACGAGCAGCUCCUGCACGGCCUCAUGCAUCACGAGACGGCCGCGCUGGAUGGCCGCGAGCGACGGCGUUGAUCUGUAGUACGCGCAGCUGUGCGGCCUCGUGCACCGCUAGGCGCGGUCUUCGCGCCCAGGUGUCUCCAGUCCUGUGCCGGCGCCCAGCGAGCCCAACCAGUGCGCCGGCGAUUGGGGCUAAGCCCUGUACUGUUGAGCUCCCCAUCCAAUUCAGUCUUUGUCUUGUCGAGAUCAGCCAUUUGACUGAAACCGGCUGUUUUUGGUGUUCUGAAAUCUGAUUCAGUGUAUGCACUGCUCUUUUUUAAUUCAGCUUAAUCUUGCCCA